AUGAUGACGCUGCAGUCUGGUCCUGCAGGGACUGCUGCUACAGCUUCAAACGGGGCCAAGAUCACCAACAAUGACGUCAGCAGGCUGCCAAGCGUGGUGGCUCCGAGCUGGCCAGCGGCACAUUCCGGGAAGUUUCAUGAUUCUACUGCAGCUUCCUCUGCCGUCGCCGCGUGUGGCGACGGCAUGGAAGGUGUCAUGAUGAUGGGAGUCGACGCUGCUGGCGCUGAAUCUCUUGUCAGGUCCACGCUGGCCGCUGCUGACCUGGCGGCGGCAGCGGCACGGAGAAGCGGUGCUAGGGAUUCGUUACUGUCACAGCUGGAGAAGCUGGAGGCGGAAUGGACAGCAGGGAGCACAACAAAGACACCGCAUUACAGUCACAUAGUGUUGAAAGGUGAUAAUGGUUCUGCACAGGGAAAUCAUCACAUGAUGGACAUGCCGUCUUGCGUGCCAGGACAUGUGAGCCGCGGGCCAACAGGGUGGAGAGUUGGGCGAAUCAACGCGCCAGGGAAUGUCUUCCACGCGGCAGAGCCGCACGUCCACAAUGGGGCGGCAGGGCACGUCCACAAUGGGGCGGCAGAGCCGCACGUCCACAAUGGGGCGGCAGGGCACGCGCAUGAUGGGACGGCAGGACUCGUCCAAGGUGGUGCGGCAGGGCAUGCUAUGAUUGACCCAUCAGCCCAUGACAUGCGAGGCGUUUCCACCCACAAUAAGCAUCCGCAUCCGCGCAUCGGCCUUCCAUGUGGCAAUCGCAGUACAUUCCCUCUGCUGUCGCUGUCCCAACAGCAGCAGCAGCAGAGGCAGCAGCAGCAGCAGCAGCAGCAGCAGUGGCAGGAGCAGCAGCAGCAGCAACAGCAGCAGCAGUAG